UUUGCGCAUACUCAAUGGACUCUCGAAAGCUAGCGUCUAAAAUCUGUCAGAUCAGCAGACCGUCUUAACCCGUAAUACCUUUUACACAUUACGACACGGAUUCCAUUUACUCGGCGUCGCAUACUUACGUAUACUUUAAGUUGCUUACAAUUGCUGUACCUUGUUUUUCAACGACUGUGGUCUCAAAGAAAAGAAAAGAAUGACGAGCAGCCUAAAGCGGAAAGAAGAAAGUCAUUUGAUGAAUGGGGGUGUAAAACAGUCCACAUGGAGCAAAGCGUUCAACAGUAAUGCAGUUUGGGAGGAGAAGGAUGAAUUUUUAGAUGUGAUCUACUGGCUCCGGCAAAUAAUUGCAGUAAUCCUUGGAGUCAUCUGGGGUGUUGCCCCGUUGAAAGGAUUUCUGGGAAUAGCCAUAUUCUGCAUCAUCAACGCUGGUGUCCUCUAUGUAUACUUCAGCAGCUUUCAACAAAUUGAUGAAGAAGAGUAUGGUGGAACGUGGGAGCUCACCAAAGAAGGCUUCAUGACAUCUUUUGCUCUGUUUCUGGUGGUGUGGAUAAUCUUUUACACAGCUCUACACUUUGACUGAAAAGAUUUCAGUGGACACUUUAUACGAACAUUUGUGUCAAGAAGCAGAAACUUCACAACUUCAAGCGUGCUGACCUGCCCACAAGCAGACUGACUGCUCAGUGUGCUCCUUAAUGGGAAUAGGUUUUUGAAGAUGGACAAAUUUGAAUCACUUCGUUAUUGCUGGGCUGCUUUGUACAGGUCACAUCCUUUGUAGUUGUCAUUUUCCCUUCCCCUGUGUCAUUGUCACCAUGUCUAACAAAACACUAGAUGCUAAAUUACAAUGGAUCUUUUUUAAUUUGUAAUGAAUCGGAUAAUUGAUAGAAAAUGGAUAAUGUGUGCUUUUCUUUUUGUCCGUAUUAUCUACUGGAAAACAUGCAUAUUGCCAUCUGUGCUGAUCUCUUCCCUCCAUUUUCAAGAUGCAGGUAAUAUAGCUUGUUUUCCACAGGACAGUGAGUUUGAUUGAUACUUUUAAGUUUCUUGUGAGAUAAAUCACACCAAUCAGAUGCAUUAAUAUUGACAUAGUGGGUUAUUGUCCUACGAUGUGUGUCAAAAACGCUACAUGUCUAGGUUCACAAAAGAUAUAUUUCAAAUAUAAAAUUAAACAUUUCCCCCUUUUAAAAAAGCCAAACACUUUCUCAACCUUCUCUUGCAAGUCUUCCUGCCCUCCUGGAAAGGUAUUCUAAGAUCUUCCACCUUGAUUUUGUAAACAUCUUAAAAUUGGCUCCUCCUGAUGACACUCGACUUUGAAAAUUGGGUGGAAAAAAUUUGCUCCAUCGCAAGAUGUUGUUUUCUGCUAGGUCAAAUGCCAAUGCUUUGCCUGUUUGUGAGGACUGAAAAAAGCAAGUGGUUUGUUGGCAUUCUAAUUUAUCAUCAGGGACACUUAUAGUUUAAAUAUAUACUGUACUUUAUUAUACCAGUCCGGGACGUUUUUUGACACACAUCGUAUCUGUUUUGCAAUUUGUUGGCGAUAAUUUUAUUUGAAGUCUAAUAUAUAUAUAAUUCUAGCAAAGGUUGUGGAUGCAUUUUAAUAUUUUUGUAACAUGACCCAUUUAAACCUAUUAUACCAGCCCAAAUCAAAAAAUGUCAUUACAGUAUUUACUGUGAAUCACAAAUUGAAAGUCCGAAUGAGGAAACUGUUCACAGAUGUAAGCUUGUUGGUAUAUCUAAUUGUCACUCAUCAAUGAAUUGACAGUAGAAAUAAUUAUUGUAGCUUCCAGAUCAGAGGCUUACAGUUUGUUUUCAAUUCAAAGUAUUUUAUUUUAUGAACCCAAAUAAACAUGCUGUACGUCUAUUUUAUACAAUGUAACUUUGCUCAGUAUUAUAGUCGGGAACUUUUGUUCUCGGUUAUUGCAAAGUUGUAAUGAUACUGUUAACCUAGAUAUGCAGCUGGUGUUUGAAACGAUUGUGUUUUUUGAUCAAAUCUUUUUUGGAAUCAUUAAACAUGGCUUCGUUUGGCCUCCAUUUUAAA